AUGAAGCUCCUUUUUCCUAUCUUUGCCAGCCUCAUGCUACAGCACCAGGUGGACACAGAAGUCUUUGGCUGGAAAACAUGUUUCAUGGGUUUAGGGCUAUGCAGAGACCACUGUGCUGCGGGUGAAAAAGAGAUACAGAAAUGCAAAAAGAAAAAAUGCUGUGUUGAACAAAAAACGAUUCGACUGAUAAAUAACUACCUGCAAAAUGACCUGCUCUCCGCACUUAAAGAAGACAACCCCACACGGCUGAACACCACCAAGUUUUCUAGGGCUGCGGUCCAGACAAAAUAUCGUAGUUUAUCUCUCUCCCCCCAAGUCAUGAGCCCUUCUGCCAAUCAUCACCUCAAUGCCAUCAGCAUCUCAACCAGAGAUGGGAACUCUGCCAGCACCAAACCCGUGGUCUCAGGAAAGAUGACACGCCCUGCCACUUCUACCAAGAGCAACACCAAAAAGAGCAGAGGGUCAGCCACUGACUCCCCGCAACCAUCGCCACCACCCUAG